AUGUCCAAAGAUAAAGAAGUUAAAUUGGACGUUGAGGAUCCUGUUUUGGAAAUGAAAACUAAGAAGGGUCCUUUAAGACCCUUCUUAGUUACGGAGCCAGAUCCAAAACUAUCGACUUUGCGUACGCCUAAUAGUGCUGAAGAGAGGUUGCUGAUUGGUAUUCUUCUAGCUGUGACUGUGGUAGUUAGAUUUUACAGGUUAUCAUAUCCAAACUCUGUUGUUUUUGAUGAAGUUCAUUUUGGGGGAUUUGCUUCUAAGUAUAUCAGAGGAGCGUUCUUUAUGGAUGUUCAUCCUCCGCUGGCGAAGAUGUUGUUUGCUGGUGUUGCUAGUCUAACAGGGUUUAAAGGAGAUUUUGAUUUUGCCAAUAUAGGGGAUGCGUAUGUGUCAAGCGUGCCAUAUGUGUUGAUGAGAGGUUUUGCUGCAGCACUAGGAGCGUCUACUGUUCUUUUAAUGUAUUUGACUUUGCGAGCAUCUGGCGUGCGGACAAGGGUUGCGUUUCUUUCUGCCAUUUGCUUUGCUGUUGAGAACUCUUUUGUGACGAUUUCAAGAUAUAUUUUGUUAGACUCUCCAUUGAUCUUCUUUAUUGCUGCUGCGGUGUAUUCUUUCAAGAGGUUUGAGUUAUAUCCUAGUAACACUAUCCAAUCUUACAAGAGCUUGUUUGCUACUGGUAUGGCUCUCGGUUUGGCACUUUCGUCCAAAUGGGUUGGAUUAUUUACUGUUGCCUGGGUAGGUUUACUAUGUAUCUGGAGAAUCUGGUUCCAAGUUGGUGAUUUGACGAUGCCAAUUAGCUCCAUUGCGAAACAGGCAUCUGCCAAAUUAUUCUUCCUAUUAGUUAUUCCUAGUAUCGUAUACCUAUUGUUUUUCAAUAUCCAUUUUCAAGCUUUACAGAAUUACUCGGAUGGAGCUGGGUUCUUUUCUUCAGAAUUCAGAACUUCUUUGAAUGGCCAUUCUAUUCCUUCAAAUAUCCUAGCUGAUGUUGGUAUUGGUUCCACCGUUACUAUUCGCCAUGUGGGAACUAUGGGGGGCUAUUUGCACUCCCAUGAGCAUGUUUAUGAGGGGGGCUCCAAACAGCAACAAAUCACCUUAUAUCCACAUCUGGAUCACAACAACGACUGGUUGAUUCAAUAUUACAACGAUACCACAAGGGUUCCCACAACAUUUGAAGGACUAAAAGACGGUACCAAAAUUAGACUCCAACAUAUUCUGACUAAACACAGAUUACAUUCUCACGAUCAUAAGCCACCAGUUUCCGAAUCUUCCGAUUGGCAAAAAGAAGUGUCUGCUUAUGGAUUUGAGGGAUUUGAAGGUGAUGCGAAUGAUGAUUGGAUUGUAGAAAUUGACAAAGACUCUUCUGCUCCUGGUGAAGCUCGUGAGAGAAUUAGGGCCAUUGAAACUAAAUUUAGGUUAAAACAUGCUAUGACUGGUUGUAUGUUGUUUUCUCAUGAAGUAAAAUUACCAAAGUGGGGGUUUGAACAGCAGGAAGUUACAUGUGCUACGCAAGGAAAGCCUCACUUAACGCUAUGGUAUAUCGAAGGCAACACGAAUCCACUAUUGCCAGAGGAUUCAGCAAGGGUUUCUUACAAAACUCCAUCAUUUUGGUCCAAGUUAUUGGAGGCUCACAAAAGAAUGUGGCACAUUAAUAAGAAUUUAAAAGAACCCCACGUGUAUCAAUCAGAUCCUUUGAAUUGGCCUUUGUUAUUGCGUGGUAUUUCCUAUUGGGCUAAAGACCAUAGGCAGGUUUACUUUAUGGGUAAUGCUAUUUUGUGGUGGGCUGUUACAUUUUUCAUGGCUGCGUUUUUUGGCUUAUGUCUGCGUGAAUUAUUUACUUGGCAGUUGGGUAACCCAAUUUUACAGGAUAGUCGUGUAUUGAACUUCCAUAUUCAAGUUGUCCACUAUCUGUUGGGUUUUGCCGUUCACUACGCGCCUUCUUUCUUAAUGAGUCGUCAGUUGUUCUUACAUCACUAUUUGCCAGCGUAUUAUUUUGGAAUUUUAGCUCUCGCUCAUGGAAUGGAUAUGAUUGUAAGUCAAAUCUCCAAAAAAAGAGCAUCAUUGGGAUAUGGUAUUAUUGGGGUUUUCGUUGCAUCUGUAUUAUAUUUCUUUGUUCAAUAUAGAGCGUUGAUAUACGGAACUCCCUGGACUAAAGAUCUUUGUACCAAGAGCCAAUGGAUGAGCGGUUGGGAUUACGGAUGUGGAAAUUUCUUACAUUCUUAUGAUGAUUAUAAAUCGUUGCCUGAAGACGCUAGCGCAGCUCAACUCAUUACACCAACGGAUACCGUUGUUGAAAAGAAUAAGGCGGCAAAUGAUGCGAAAUCUGAACGUGUUGAUUUAGAUAUCGACUCGUUGAUUGCCGAUCCAGCACCCAAGAAGUUUUUUGACCAACAUGGUAAAGAAUUGCCACCUGAAGAAGUUGAACAUAUUGUUAAAGAAAAAGGCGGUCAAAUUAUGGCUGUCACAAGUGUUACGAAAAAUUUAUUAUAA